CAGGUCUGUACUGACCAUCCCAGCCAUCCUCCGCUAUCAACCUCAACUCUUCAGGAAGUCCUCUACGAUUGCAUUCUUUCUAUCGUCGAGCCUGUUAACAGAAGUGGUGGACACUGGGGCUGCCAGCAUCAGACUAUAGGAGAUCUUUACUGGUCCUACGCGACUAGUAGUUGUCGCCUGUGCACCGUGACCGUGACUGUUACCUCAUUCUGUCCUUUAGCCUCGGCAGCGCCACAAGACUCCCAUUUCCUGAUCCUCCAUUCUCCGUCUCAAUUGAUGUGUGUUCAAUAGACUCGUGUCUUCAAGUGUGACCAUCUCCUCCCCCAGGGCGCUCUUGUUCAAGCUCUACGCUUGCCUCGUGCCAGCUGUGGUCAUGUACUAUCCCGCGGAACAUCUACACCUGAGAUAAAGGUGCCCUCAAACCGUCCAGCCCUCGUCACCAUGAUAUCAGCCACACGUCGCUGGCUUCGGCGCAACCGCACUGGAAUCGCCAUUGGUGCCGGGGUCAUUGGCGCCACUUAUCUGGCGGGACAAUAUGUCCUAGGCAAGAUCAAUGAAGCGCGAGAGCGCAUGCAGAUGGACAGAAUAGCCAAAGAAAAUAUACGACGACGGUUUGAACAGAAUCAAACCGACUGCACCAUUACCGUCCUCGCUCUCCUACCGACCCUGACCGAGAAUGUCCUCGAAGAGCUUCCUGUAGAACAACUGACACAUGAGCUGCAACAAAAGAAGGCUGAACGGUUGGCACGUGCCUCGGGUGAAGGCAAGUCGGAAGCAUCAAGCAUUCAAGAUGGGGACACAGUCAGCAUGUCCAGUUUCCAGACGGGCAGCUUUAUCCAUGCCAGCCAGGCUGGACUGGAUGGCAAUGGCAGCCAAGGUGGAAAUGGACCCACGCGAAAGACAAAAGCUCAGUUGUGGAACGAGUUGAAGGUGACUUCCAUCACCCGGGCAUUCACACUGAUUUACUGUCUCUCUCUCCUUAUCAUCUUGACACGGAUACAAUUGAAUCUGUUGGGGCGGCUGAACUAUCUGACGUCGGUGGUUUCGCUGGCGCGACCUCCACCACCGGGCCGAGCCAACUCGAUCUCGCUAGAAGACCAUGACGACGGGAAUGCAAGCACCAGUUUUGGAAACGACUUCGAGACCAACAGAAGAUAUCUGACAUUUUCCUGGUAUCUACUACACAAGGGCUAUGCACAGAUCAUGGCCAAAGUCAGAACAGCUGUCGAAGAAGUGUUUGGAGGCAUUUCGCCCAACGAGGGAAUCACGGCCAGCAGACUCAGCGACUUGGUGCUCGAGGUGCGGAAGCGCGUAGAAGGCGGCACCGAGCAGGAGCGGUAUGCCACGCGGUGGCUUCAGUACAUGCUGCCUCCGAGAGAGGAGGAAGAAGCGGUUCUGAUCGAGUCUGGAGUCAUUACUCCGGGCACAUCCACGCCUGUCCGGACGACAGGUCAAGAUGAGUCAACCCGGACGGCAGCAGCACAAAAUGCCGUCUCGAGUCCGCGCAUCGACACGUCCACAGGCCCGUUACGGCAUCUGCUGGACGAGACAGCCGACCUAAUCGACUCGCCGACAUUCAACCGCAUCCACAGUCUCCUGCUGGGAUCCAUGUUCUCACACCUAAUCGACGUCAAGGUCAUCCAACAACUCUACCCCCAGCCGGCCACAUUACAGUCGCCCUCCUCCUCGGUGUCAGGCACGGCGCCGCAUCACCCACGCAUCGUCGAGCUCGACUCGGCUGUCACUGUCGUCCCCGGCGAGCCACGCGUCAAGCUGGCCAACAUCCUGGCCAUUUUGACGCGGCAGGCUCAUGCCAUCGGAAACGGCAACAACCCUCCCAACGAGUACUUGGACACGGCGGAAGCUGAAGUCAAGGAACUCGAGGCUUUUGCCGCCGUCAUCUACACGAGUAAUUUGGACCAGAGUCUGGAAGAGACUACGCAGCGCGUCGGAUCGGCCGAGACCGCCAGUGGGCUGAAAGGUGCUGAAGGUGUCGCGGUCAGCGAUGUCGGUACCGGGGCCGGUGCUGAGGAGGUGAUUGAGAGGAAACUCGAAAGUGCUUGGACCAAAGUCACCGGAUCGACGUUUGCUACUGGUGCUUCUUCCUCUUCGUCUUCGGCGGCUUUCCAUCAGAGGUAACUGAUGUCAUAGCGAUAGCCUGCCUAUGGAAAGGCAGGAGGAUAUAGAAGACAUUUCAUAGUAGCUGGUAGGCCUAUCAACAGGCUAUCACCAUCAUAUGACUCGAAGACGCGCCAAACAAACAAAACAAUAUGAAAAAUUGACGACGGA